AGUUCUCUCCUCUUAAAAUCCACAUUCUACAGCGGGCUACUACGUCAUCCGAGGAAGGAGGUACUCAUAACCGUGCCUGAAAAUACGUCACAGGGUAGGUCAUUUAAAAACUCAUGGAGUGCAAUAUAGCGAUUCAUUUGCCGAAGAAUUCUGGACCGGUAUAAAUGUUUGGGCAUAUACUGUACGAGUGUUCUGCAUCAUAGCGUUCCCAAUGUUAACUUUUUUUUCUUCUAGUUAGAAUUUUUAAACCACCCCAGUUUUAAACGGAAGCGGAUUUUGUUCCUGCUGAAAGCUGGACAUUGGCAAAGAAAUUGAUUGAACUAUUUUCGGACGUUGGGAACAAUUUUAGGAAUUCUUAUUUUAUUCUUUAAUUAAGAUUUAAAAUGGCUCAAGUUGUAGCUACUCUACAGCAAUGGUACACAUAUGCAAUGGAAAAUGCAGAUCCAAGAGCAAAAGAUUGGCCACUUACUGGAAGUCCAUUUCCUAUGCUGACCAUCAUCGCGUCAUACUUAUAUUUUGUGAAAAUAUUUGGACCUGCCUACAUGAAAGAUAGGAAACCAUACCAGAUCAAUGGAAUCAUCGUAGGAUAUAAUCUUCUUAUGGUUGUCCUCAGUGCGUUCUUCUUUUUCUAUGGCGGUAGCAAAACUUAUUUAUUUGGCAAAUAUAACUGGAUGUGCGAGCCUGUUAACUAUUCAACGGAUCCCGAAAGCAUGCUGUUAGUCAAACUCGGUUGGUGGUAUUUGAUGCUGAAAAUUACUGAAUUUGCUGACACGAUUUUUUUUGUUUUAAGAAAAAAAUUCAACCAUAUCAGCACACUCCAUGUUGUUCAUCACGCUUCCGUUGCCUGGGGAGUUUGGAUUGGACUUAAAUUUGGCCCAGGUGGGCAUAACGCUUUCUUCCCUUUCAUCAAUUGCUUCAUCCACAUGAUCAUGUACAGUUACUACUGCUUGGCAGCUCUUGGACCUCACAUGCAGAAAUAUCUGUGGUGGAAGAAAUAUUUGACUCAAAUGCAGAUGAUCCAGUUCAUCAUUGCAACCAUCCACGCUGCCAUCCCCAUCUUCUAUGAUUGUGGAUUCCAACCAGUAUUUGCCUACAUCAUUAUCUUCCAUGCUGUCCUCUUCCUCGGAAUGUUCUACAACUUUUACCGUAAGACCUACACCGAGCAGAUCCGUCUGAAGAACAAAAGUCGACAGAUCCUCGAGGAAAUGAAGAAGAACGAGCAGCAACAAGCUGUGGAGCAAAACAGUCUGAAGAAAGAAGAAUGAGCCAAAAUUUGGUGAAAGGAAAAUAGUUAUGGACAAAUUUUCUCAGGGUAUAACAAAAAAUAUCCAGAAAGGGUUGUUGGCUUCGUUGUUAACUCUAUUUUUUAAAGUGGGGUAUAAGAGGUGAAAAUCGUGUAUAAAACAACUUUUGUUCAUGGUUCUAACUAUUGAAGCGUGUUGUACUGAUUUAUAAAAAAAAAGAAAGUUUGGAAUGGUUCCUCGCUUAGUUUGAUAAUAUCUAUCAUCCAUUUAUUUUCCACUGUUUGGAAAAUAAUUGAUGAAACGAUUAUUUUUGAAAGAGUUAUUAUAACGAAACAAUUUUUUUUUUCAUAUUUACUGUUAAAAGUUUAUAUAAUUAUGUAGUUCUAAUUGUUUAAUUAUAUGAAAAGCUCACAAAAAGACUUUUUCCCACAUUUUAUUUCGCAGACAUGAAUAUACAAAUGUUUAAAUUAAAAAAAAAAUCUUGCAAUUAUCUAUUAAAUAUUAUAAUAAAUCUUUAAAUAUGUUAUAUUAGAAAUUAAUCAGUAUAGUUUUGAUUCAUGAAAAAAUAUUUACCACAUGGAAUCUUAAAAUCGGGUUUAAUGAAAUAUUUAUUUUAAUACAUGAAAACAAUAUAAUAUACAUUCGGAAAUUCAAUUACUAUGUAGUUUAAACUUUCCACGCUCAAAAAGCUUAAAAAUACAUUCCAGAUGAAUAUAUAUUACAGAUUAAUAUAUUUAUUCUAUUUUAUUAAUGGAAAUAGAAUUAGAAAUAAAAAAUUUUUUUGAUAGAAAUUCAUGUAGGAUUAAAUUUAAUUAUGCUCCUGACUAUGCCGUGACACAUACACUUUGACUAGUAUAUGUGUCACGGAUAUAUUAUCAGGCAUUAAAGAUAUAUGAUAACAAUUUAUAAACAAUAUAUUUUUUGCGCAUGAUUAAUGUCACUUUUUUAAUGCAAUAUGUAAUCAAUUGUGAAUUAAUCUGUGAAAAUUAGAUAUUGUUUGUUAUUUAAAUUUUUUUUGCAGUUGUUCUUUCUUGUCAAAUGAAUCAACCCAGUUUAUACACUUUGUUGAAUCAUGCAUCAUUUACUUUAUAUUGUUUUUUUUUUUUGUAUUAUACGUGUUGGUACACA